AUGAAAGCGGCUGAGGCCGGUGAUGUCCACCAGAACGUGUUCAGCGAAGAGCAGCUAUUCACUCCUGAUGUGCGUGGCGAAGACGAGGACUAUCCUGGCGAUCGUCGGACUGUGCCGCCUGAGUGGUCCUCGGCCAUUGCGCUCGCAAAGUCCACCGCAAAAGCGAGAGAGGUGCGCCCGGUUGGUGAAGAAGCACCAGCAGCAUCAGCAGCGGGUCGUCGGCGCAAGAGAGCUGCAGAUCGAGCCAAGAAGAUCCUUGUGUGGCUCGAGAGCAAGUAUGAGAUACUGCCAGAGGUCUGCGCGGAGUUCGAGAAUUGGAAAGAAGCUUCUUCUGCAAAUGCCGACUUUGACCUCUUCUGGUCUGAUUCGGUGCCUUCCUCGGUGCGUGCACUGGUCCACUGCCUGGACCUCAGCAUCGCAUCCGUGAAGUCCAGCUACCACUUGAAAUCAGAUUUGUUGCUUUCGCCCCUAACCGCUCGUUGUAAGCCUCACAUGCCGGACGUCGAUCCCAUGAAGACAAUUGACACGGUGGAGAUCUCCGAUGGAGAAGCUCGGGGGAAGCUGACGAGAAUGUGGUGGACACGGCAGAAACUGUCAAACCUGCAAUCCCAAGAUGCAAACCACGAUGAGGCUGUCCCAGCGGACAGGUUCAUGAAGCUGAAGACUUACCAGAAGAUGAAUCACUUCGUGGGGAUGAGCUCCAUCACCCGCAAAAACAAUUUGGGUCGCAACUUGCUGCGGAUGCGGAAGCAGUUUCCAAAGGAGUACCGCUUCUUCCCUGACACAUGGAUCUUGCCCACGGACAUGUCGGACUUUAAGCAGCAGUUUGCAGCUGCCAAGAAGCAGACCUUUAUCAUCAAGCCCGACAAUGGUUGCCAGGGCAAAGGCAUCUUCUUGAUCCGCGACGUGGAGAAGGUGCCGGUUGACUUUUCUUCCACAUUCGUCGCGCAAAGGUACAUCAGCAAGCCGCUGUUGCUCGAUGGCUACAAGUUUGAUCUUCGGCUCUAUGUUCUGGUGAGUGGCUGUGAUCCGCUGCGGAUUUUUCUGCACAGGCGAGGGCUUGUGCGGCUGGCGUCAGAGCAGUAUGUGGAGCCGACGAAGAACAACUUGUCGGAAGUCAUGGUGCACCUCACGAACUAUGCAAUCAACAAGAGCAACCCCAACUUCGAGGAGAACACAAAUCCCGAUGAUGCCCAGGAUGGGCACAAAAGAAGCUGGGAGGCCGUGCAAGACCACCUCCGGGAAGAGGGCCACGACGUUGACACCCUUCUGGCAGAGAUUGAGGACUUGAUUGUCAAGACCCUGAUAGCUGUUCAGCCGAGCUUGUCACACUUUUAUCACAGCUGCCAGCCAGACGAUGUGUACAACGGCAUGUCGUUUGAGAUACUGGGCUUCGAUGUCAUGCUAGACCAGAAGCUCCAACCCUGGCUACUGGAGGUUAAUCAUGCACCUUCUUUUGCCACGGAGUCGGAGCUGGAUCGACUGGUGAAGGAGGAGGUCCUUCGGGAUAGUUUCAACUUGUUGGACUUGAACCCAGAAGCUCGCCGACAGAAGAAGCGAGAGGCAAGAGAAAAGAUGGAGCAGCGGGCCAUGGGGAUGGCAAAGAAGUAUUGCAUCGAGGAUCGCGUGACGCAGGAGCGCGAGUUUGCAUUGUUCCGCACCCAAUGGGAAGAUCAACAGCUUCGCAGUGCCGAAAGAGCACGGGACAUGUCGAGUUUCGACCGCAGGUACAAGAGGCUCUAUCCAUCUCCGGAGAAGGAGAAGGAGUACUGGCAGGUCCAUGAUGCUGCCAUCAACAUUUGGGAGAUGCUCAUGGGCGGCACCUUCCGCCGAGCAGUAAGAUUGUGCGAUCCCGUCGAGAAGCCGGCCAUUGAAGACAGGGCUGACAGCAAGGCACGGGCGGGUUCGGCAAAAACAGGAAACGAGAAAGACGAGCCUCCGAAGCCAGAAACAAAGCGCACGGCCGAGGAGAUCCGUGAGGUUGUGGAGCGCUUGGCACAGGGCUGCAGUGCCCGGCCGCGCCGUAAUGCCUCGAGGCGCCGCUCCGGCAAGGACGAGGAGAAGGAGGAGAGUGCCUCGACAGGAGCGGCUGCUGAGGAGCCACCAGCCGAGAAGCCCCAGCCCACGGAGAAGAGGAGCCACACCAACAGGUAUGUGGACGUGCAGGUGGGGGAUGUCAUCAAGGUGCAGACAAACCUGGGCUGGGAGACGGUGACUGUGAGGGCGAAGCGCCCUGGCACGGGCAAGAUUGACAUCCAGUUCAAGGACGGCGAGUACAUGCGCGCUGUGAUGCCGCGGAUUCUGCGCAACGGCGAGGGACAGCCGGUGAAGGAAGCCGCCUCUGCGGAGGCUUCACAGCCUUUACCGGCAGCACCCGGACGUGUGGGACGUCUUGGAGUUGGAAGCUCGGCCCCAACAGCUCCGGUGCCGACCUCCACCACGGGCGCUGUUCCCCAGAAGCUGGCCGGCUACAGCCGAGGAUCUUCUGACUCCAGCGCUGUUGUCACGCUCUCCGCAUUGCGCAUUUUCACGCCAAAGGCGGAAGCAGUCCUGCCAACUCAAGAGGCUGGUGAUGAGCCGGCGUCCGAGUUACCGACUGUUGCAGCUCAGGAGAGCCCG